AUGCUGCGGCUUCCUCUCCUUUUUUUUUCUGGAUCUGUUUACAAGCGGCUCGUCAAAUAUUUGAUUCCUCUACAUCUAACAUUUACAGUAUUUAACAGGAUGAGCCCCAUUGAGAGCGGGCGGGCGGGCGGGCUUACGAGGCCUGUCCUUGAAAUCAGCGGCGGAUGUUCUGACAGAGACGAGGAGCGUCGACACAUUUGGUAAUGAGGAAAGACAAUUAAAGCGACAGAGAGAGAGAAAAGAGAGAGAAAAGAGAGGGAGGGUGGAGAAAUGAGAGCAGAACAACAUGCAUUAUUCACUUUUCCACGAGCCUGCACAGAACAAACAUGCAGCGCUGGCUGCAGGUGCAGGCCGCCUCUGAUUGAAUGUUUUUUAUAGCAGCGUGUUGUAUAAGAGUGAGCAAUGAUAGAAGUGCAUUAGAGAGACGGAUCCGUCCUGGAAAUGAAGAUUAAUUAGACAAAGAGAUGCUGCAGGAGACCAACACGCUCUUGAUGGAGUAGCUGGUGGCGUUUUCCUCCUCAGCCUGUUUAAAAUUCAUCGCCAAACGGCGCUGCUUUUGGCCUAUAAUUACAACAUCAGUCAUUAUUGAUCAUUGUCACUUUAAUAAACAGCUCUCAACGUUUUGAAGAAUCCGCCGACGAUAAAAACCACCGGGCGACUCUGGGGGACGCUCGGCGAACAAACAGGCCCAAACCAGAAAUCAGGGGCUUCACGGGGGGCUUCGGCAUCAACAUUCAAACGGCGAAGAAAGAAGAAGCAAAACGCCGCCUCGGCCUCAAGGAUACGCAGCUUUUGUUUGCAUUGUUUUGUGGAUGCGUUUGUGAAAUCGCUGUGGGGGAAAUGUCAGUGUCAUCCCUUUACGUACCAAGGCGAAACAGAAACACAAGAGGAGAGGAAUUCCUGCCUGAAAACAGUGUGUGA